AAAUUUAGACAUUUCAAUUAAGGUUUAAAUUCAUGUUGCUUGUCAGAAAUCUCCGAAGUGUCUAGCCGACUGGGGUACAAUAAAUAAGGAGACAAAAACAGAAAAUAAGAAAACAAAGAAUUUAGUGUACAUAAAAAAUGACAGAAAUUAAUGCAGCACAUCAGGCAAUUUCUGCAGUAAAAACAACUGCUGAAAUAACUGAGACGAUGAAGACUCAAAUCACAUCGAAAACGACAACAACAACAGGAACACCAAGACAAAGGACUCUGAUGCGUACGGCAGAAAUGGACGCCGAUACGGAUGACGGUGAGACCGAUGAUGUGAAUUUGGAUGCUGCGAUUACAGCUACUGUUUCUGCCACCGAUGAUGUUGAUGGGGAUGCGGACGAUGCGGCAGAUAGCAUCACAUUGGAGCUGGCAUUAUCACCGACGACACCAACACCACCACCGCCCACCAAUGGCGACGAGGAUCUCGCUGCGCUGGACAACAGUAAGCCGUUCAAGGUCAAGGACAUCACACGCAACAUACGCAAGGCUGUUGUUGCCACAACAUUGGCCGAGUUGCGCCUCAAGGUGGCCGCAAAGUUUCAACGCGCUCAGCCUGCGAUUCAUUUGGAUUGCGAUGGAACAGAAAUUGAUGAUGAAGAGUAUUUUUCGACGCUCGAGGCAAACGCGGAGUUGAUUGCCGUUUUUCCUGGCGAACAAUGGCGAGAUCCCAGCGAUUAUAAUGCGAAUUUACGUCGCACUUCUUUGGAUGCUCAUCGUUUGCGUAAAUUGGUCGGCAAGCUGCAACAGAAUCUGCUGAACGAUGCCGAUUUGGAUAAACUAUCGAAUAUGGAUCCCAAUUCGCUGGCAGAUAUCACAGGACGCGAGAUCAAGGACACUGAACAUUGUGUGCACAGUGAGGCAGCUCGACGAUCGACGGAGUUGUCCUGUUAAACGACGAACGUUGGAAGAAGAAAUUGUUGCACUUAGCAAAUUUGUGUCUAUUAAUGUUGAAUCACCUAGAAACCUACCUUAACACUCCUAUUAUUCGUAUGGGAAAUAGCACAGUGAAACGUCGCUUAUGAUAGAUUUGUAAGGAAUUUGUAAGAGCUUUUGUAUGUCAAGCUGAAACUGAUAAGACAAAUAUCAGGUUCGAGUAUUUUUGGAGCAUGUUUUGAUAGCACCUAAUGAAAGCGACGAUUUAGACAGCUUAUAUAUGUAUAUGUAUGUAUAGUUGUAGAGCACUUCCAGUAUUUUCAGGAUAAUCAUCAUUUUUGAAACUAAAUUUGUAAUGUGAAUAUGAAUAAGUGAAAUUAAAUUACACUUCAAAUCAACACUAGUCUGUUCCUAGACCAAUAUGCUAUAUAGUAUAUACAUAGACCAAAAGUCCAAUCUAGUAUGCCCAAAAGUCUACCAUAACCAAACGACUAUAAACCAAUUAAUAGCUGCUUCAAGCAAACUUAGGUAUAUACAAUCUAAUUAUUAAACAGGGUUGCCAGAUCCCUAAAUUAUAUGUUCGAAACCGAAAAGUU